AAAACACGUGGACGCUGUCAGUCAGUCUGGCGUUCCUUAUUUCAGGACUGAACGUGAAUGGCAAUUAUGUUUCGUGAAUUUAUAAUGAUUGUGACUUUGCCAAAUGUCAAGAAUUGCAAAAUGGCGGUUGUUAGAACAGAUUCGUCGUUGCGAGACAGCGUCAAUGGAUGACGAUUUGAGCACAGAAAAGGAAAGUGAAACAACAAGUGAAUUACACACAGAAGCCAGCUCAUCUCAAACCGGCACAGUUGUUACAGUACCUGCGCCCAACGAAAGUCCUGCACAACAGUUUAUAUUGCUAUCACAGCCAGGAAAUGGUCCCCUAACAGUUGGUGUGCAAAAUGAUUCUGUCGGUGAACCUGCUUCAAAACUGAUCCGUCUGGAAGGAGAAGAUGGCCAGACGUAUGUGUUGGCAGUUGCAGGUGUGACAGGAGAUGCGGCUGGUAUUACAGAGCUUCAGAAGACAGAAACUGUCAACGCUGACAUCUCAGAUGUGUCAGGAACUGUCACUCAGGUGAAGACAGAGAAGACUGGGAUAGCUGGCCCCAGCAAGAAGUCGUCUAACUCGGCCGAAGAUGUCACACAAGCAUGGUUCACGACCAGGGAUGACAAGCGGGUCUUGCAGAGUAAAGGCCAUACCUGGAAACAAGGUCAGUGGACGAAGGAUGAGACGGAUCUGUUGAUGGAGAAUAUCGAUUCAUACUGCAAAGAACGUGGCAUCAAGGACCCAACAGAGAUCAUCUUUGAAAUGACGAAAGAUGAAAGAAAGGACUUCUACCGCACAAUAGCCAGAGGUUUACAGCGGCCCCUGUUCUCUGUUUACCGACGAGUAACUCGCAUGUAUGACCAGAAGAACCACAUGGGCAAAUAUACCCCUGAGGAGAUGACCAAACUUCGGGAGUUGCGUAUGAAGCACGGCAACGACUGGGCAGCUAUUGGAGCAGUACUAGGUCGGAGUGCAUCUUCUGUGAAGGACAAAUGCCGACUGAUGAAGGACACAUGCAAUGCAGGAAAAUGGCUGCCAGAAGAAGAGAGAAGACUAGCAUCUGCUGUGUAUGAGCUUGCAGGAGUAAAGAUGGGAGAGAGUGUCACGCACGGUUUAUCAUGGGCUGCUGUGGCAGAGAGAGUGGGGACAAGGUCUGAGAAACAGUGUAGAACCAAGUGGCUCAACUACCUCAACUGGAAGCAGAAAGGCGGGUCCGAGUGGACUCGUCAAGACGACAUCAAUCUUAUACUCAAAAUUGCUAGUCUGGGAGCCUCGGAUGACACUGAGAUUGACUGGAACGAACUUUCUAGCGACUGGUCAAGUGUGCGUUCCCCCCAGUGGCUACGAGGCAAGUGGUGGUCACUCAAGAGGCAUGUGCCCGACUACCAGGACCUUGUCUUUGCAGAUAUCAUUGAAAUCCUGAAGACGAUGCAUUACCAGAACGUUCGCAUCAAGAGCCCAGGGGUGAGGUUGAGAGUGCAGGGUCGUCAGGCCAAUGGUGAGAUCGGCCUGCAGGUCCCGGUGAGUCUACAGCCUGGUGUGUCUCUAGACGGGGAGGACUCGGAGCCAACAUUCCAGGCCUACGAGGUCCUGCAGCAGUGGACACCUGGCAACUCUAACGCACUGCUGAUCACACAACCUCACAACAACCCUGCUGUCUCCUUCAGCGGCGCCAGCACCAUGUCCACAGAUCACAUCAUCGUCCACACACUACCAGUGUCACAGUCCGACGGCCAUGUAAAGAGUGGGGAGAAUGUGACAGUGCAGAUGAACCACCAGCCCCACGUCAUCAUUAGUGCAGCAAGUGAUGACGGCUCCCUGGACGGGUCUGUCAUUACCACUUCCAUUCAGCUGCCGGACGGCAUGGACUCGUCAGAGCAAGAAUGCCAUCAGUACCAGCUGUCCAGUGAAGCUUGUCAGAUGAUAGAUGGUCAAGGGGAGAUAAUUACUGGACAGUUUGCUACUACAGCUGUGUCCGCUGCAGAUCUCCAAUCAGAUGUGGCCCAGUCAGUGUUGAGUUCUGGAGCUUCGGGGGCUGACAUUGUGGUCCUCGAGCCAACAUCACCGCCACAUUUCUCACAGUCCAACAGUAACGAUGGCAAUGAACUUAUGAGUGGCUUUUCAGAUCCAAUCCUCACAUCAGAUGCAACAGAACUGAUGGGAUCAGCGUCCGACUGUGAGACUGACAAGAGUCAGACUGGGCUGAGUGAAGACAUACAGUGAUAAUUCCCCCUGGGUCAAGGUCAUCUGAACCAGGCACUUUGUCAAGACUACAUUUGUCAUGGUCACAAUAAGGCAUUAUGUAAACUGUUCAGUGAUGAAGCAUGUCAGGUUAUGACAAUUGUGAUUUUGUUUUCUACAUGUGCCAAUUUGCAUACAGGGAUGGCAGUCUCUGUACGGAUGAUUAUGUGGGUGUGGCUGUAUGAAAGUUUUCCAGGGAUGAGAAUGACACUGAAAGUGAGAUAGAAAUGGGGGCACUAUAUGCUUAUGAGUGUAAUUGCAUGUAUCACUAAAGUGACACUUGACAUAAUGAUGUCUGUGUAGAUCUGCUGACAAUGUUCAUCCAUAUUGUGCACUAACAAUUCAGUGUGACUUUUCUUUUCUUUCUCCAUCAAAAUACAUCUUUCUGUGAUAUACAGACGUCUCUAGUUGGAUUUGUUGAUUGGGCUUCAGUAUGGGGUGCUGGUAACUACAAGGUUGACUUUCUUGCAUACCCUUGGAUUUAAGGUUCACUAACCUGUCUGUACACCUCUAUACUCUACCACAAUGACUCUUUUUCUUCCUGCUUCGUGUCACACGUGAUUGUGGCUUCUCAGUUUACGUUGUGUCAGUUUUUCCUGAUCUACCUUCUUAGAGUAGAUAAAUGAUUUAUUUAUAACCUGGGCAUCAAAUUACCAGUCUGAAAUUACCGAGUUGUCUUGUUCCAUGCUGCUUUCACAGUAGUUACAGCCAGGCUGCGUGGAUCAUAGUGCAUAAGGAAGUUUGGUUAUAUCCAUAUAAUAAAGUGGAAUAGUUGAAUGUGUGGAAGUCGUUUUGCACUGUCCAGUACCAAACUGCAUUUUCUGUGGUUUUAGUAUUUAACCUCAUAUACAAAUCAAAAUGAGUUCCUGUUUUGUAUUUCUUGGCUGAUGUAAUAUGAAAAUAUAAGUUGGGUCCCUACAGAAACUGUAUUGUGAAAAACAUCGGGUUCUUCUUACAAGUUUGUACAAAACAAGGCACACAUGUUAUUGCCUGUGUCACAAUCAAUAUGUUAUAUGCAAGUGUCUUGCGCAUACAGGUGCUGUAUGUGUUAUAAGAGAUGUCUGAUGCUUGCGAAUAUGUUAAACUUCCUUCUGCAGAUAAUGUGUAUUUAAAAUGCGCUAAACUCCUUUCACUAGGUGAGUGCUCAUAGUGCUUACAAUCAAAGCACAGCACAUUAUGACCCCGACAACACAAGCUGCCUUUGAGGCGUUAGAAGGUUAACAGUUUCAUGGCUUAUCCCACUGGGUACCCAUUUUCUGCUGGGUGAACAGGACAAGUCCUAGAAACACUUAGGAGUCAAGCUGCCAAACAUGGUCACCCAUGGACUCUCCGCACCAAGCGUUGCUUAACUUCAACUGAUUUGUGACCUGAGCUCUAUGCAUAUUACCUUGAUGCAGGUGUUGUUAGAUACACGUCUAUAUAUAUUAUAUAUAUAUGCAGGUGUCUGAUACGUACAGAUGUAUAAACUGCUGGGUGGGACAUUGCAUUCAUCUGCGAUCUGGAAGUUUCUGUAUCAUUUUGUAUAGUCUAAAUAUUUAUUUGCACAUUAGGUACAUGUGCAGCGAUGUUAAUUAUGAAAAUGGAGAGAUAGCCAUUUCAUGUUUUUUACCACUUACCAUCUAAAAGUGCUGAAACUUGGUGUCUGUAAGAUUUUCAGAUUACCCAAUGAAAAUGUUGAGUUUUCUCAAUGAAUUUAGUGAUUGAAUUAAUUUGUCAAGACCUGUUAAGUAAAAUUGGUGUGUGUCGAUUAUGGAUUUGGUAUUCAACCAUCUCUGACAAUGAAAUAUGAACUUUGUUUUAAAUCGAGGUGUUAUCAAGUAUAUGACAGUUUUGUAUAUUUUGAUAUACAUUAGAACUGUUUGCCUGUCCCAACCUUACAUUAUCAUGUAGAGGAAUUUGUCCACUUGGAUAUGUCUUUCAAAGUGAUGCUUUAACAACUUAAAUAUACUUUAACUGCAAAUGUUUAUGAAAGUGUUAAUGUGUUGUAAAGGUUAAUUGCUACACUCACUUGAAAAUUGGUGUUAGGAAAUCUGUUUUGUUUAAUUGAAUACUUAAUCAAGUUAUUUAAAAAUCCUUCUGACUUUACUACCUGUAUAAUUCAGAUUUUAUCCAUGUCAUUAUAGCAUUACUGCAUUGCGGUGUUGUCAUAAGGUAGAUUGAAACACAUCUGGGACUUCAUUCUAUUGUUUGAGCCUACCAUUAAUAGACAGAUCGUUACUUGAGCGUUUAGCCCUUCUGCAAGCUCAUCACAAAAGAUGAUACAUGCCUCUUUUGAAUGUUUUGUGAAAGUGAGUAGGGAUGUGCUUUAAAUAGGGGACUGUCAUUGUUACUUUCGGUUCCUUAACAGUUCUAGGCUACAUUUUUCUAGGCUGGAGAGUUACUCCCCUUGUCCUAUCAUCCUCAUCAAGUGGUAAAGAUGUGUAUUGUGUUUCUCAGUGAUGCUAGUGUGCGAACUGAAAGGAUUUGUUUCAAGCAGCCCUCAACCCACCUGCUGCAACAUAUUUAUUAUGCCCUGAUGAAUUUCAGUUUCCAUAUGCAAAGGUUCAAAAUAUUGAGUUUGUGUACUAAUACAUUUGAUUUUGAAAAUAAACAUGUUAAACAAU